GGAAAGGGCUGGCUGUCGCCAUGGCGGCGGCUGUGGCUGCGGCGGACUCGCUGUGGGAGGACAGGGACGUCCGCUUCGAUAUCUCCUCGCAGCAAAUGAAAAUGAGACCAGGAGAAGUUCUCAUUGAUUGUUUGGAUCCUAUUGAAGAUACCAAAGGAAACAAUGGAGAGAAAGGCAGACUCUUGGUAACAAACUUGCGCAUUAUUUGGCACUCUAUAGUAUUGCCUAGAGUCAACCUCUCUGUUGGCUACAAUUGCUUUGUGAGUACAACAACAAGGACAGCUAAUUCGAAAUUAAGAGGCCAGACAGAAGCACUUUAUAUAUUGACCAAAUGCAACAAUACACGUUUUGAAUUCAUAUUUACCAAUGUGGUUCCUGGGAGCCCCAGACUUUUUGCCUCGGUUAUUGCUGUGCACAGAGCUUAUGAAACAUCAAAAAUGUACCGGGAGCUUAAACUAAGAUGUGCAUUAAUUCAAAACAAGCAGUUGAGAUUGCUACCAAAAGAACAAGUAUAUGACAAAAUAAAUGGCGUCUGGAAUUUAUCUAGUGAUCAGGGAAAUCUGGGUACCUUUUUUGUUACAAAUGUAAGAGUAGUUUGGCAUGCUAAUAUGAAUGAUAGCUUUAAUGUCAGUAUACCAUAUCUACAAAUUCGCUCAAUAAAGAUUAGAGACUCAAAAUUUGGCUUGGCACUUGUCAUUGAAAGCUCUCAGGCGACUGGAGGUUAUGUGCUUGGAUUUAAGAUUGAUCCAGUUGAAAAACUAGAGGAAACAGCAAAAGAAAUAAAUUCCCUUCAUAAAGUAUUUUCAGUUAAUCCUAUAUUCGGAGUGGAUUAUGAAAUGGAAGAAAAGCCUCAGCAGCUAGAAGAUCUGACAGUGGAGCAGGUACAGGAUGAUGUAGAGAUAGAAGCAGAAGAGCAGACAGAUGCCUUCGUGGCAUAUUUUGCUGAUGGGAACAAGCAACAGGACCGUGAACCUGUUUUUUCUGAAGAACUAGGACUUGCAAUAGAGAAACUAAAAGAUGGAUUCACCCUGCAAGGACUUUGGGAAGUAAUGGGCUGACAUUAAUCUAAACAAUAUUGAAUAUCUAAAUAUGAGUAUGUUUAGUCUCUAAAAGUCAUACCUCAAUACUUUUUAAGGAAGAUGCUAAAGCUGAUUUAUGGAAAGUACCUGAUUUUUAUGAAAAUUACGAGGAGUAGAUAAUGAUGUACAGUAUAUAGUUUUAUGUUCUAAAAUAAGAUCUUAUAUUUGUAAGAUAUAUUUAUGUACCGUGUUGUUUUGUAUUUGUAUAUAGUGCUUUCAGCGUUGAAUUAUUUUAAAUUAUUUGCUUAUUUAGUACAUAUGUAUUGAUUUGUAUGAUGGUAAAUAAAACUGUUAUUUAAGAGUAUAAAA